UUCUGUCAGGGAGCUGGGAAAGGCUGGGGAUAAGGAAAGGGCUCUGCGAGCGAGGCUACCAGUCUGGCUGGCUGCCUCCCACCGAUGCUCGGGGCCGGGGAGCAGGGCAGCCAGUGCUCCCAUGGACCUCCCCAGCAGGAUGCUCCUCGCCUGCUCCCUCUGCCUCCUGCCCGGGUUCAGUGACACCUUCAACAUUGACACCAAGAGGCCCAAAAUCAUAGCUGGCUCUAAGGAAGCGUAUUUUGGCUACACAGUGCAGCAGCACGACAUUGGGGGGAAGAAAUGGCUGGUGGUGGGAGCUCCCUACGAAACCAACGGCCAGCAGAAGACGGGAGAUGUCUACAAAUGCCCAGUGACCAGCGACACCCACAGCAACUGCACCAAACUCAACCUAGGACGAGUAACGCUCUCCAACGUCUCCGAGCGGAAGGACAACAUGCGCCUCGGCCUCAGCCUGGCUACCAACCCCAAGGACAACAGCUUUCUGGCCUGCAGCCCUCUCUGGUCCCACGAGUGCGGGAGCUCCUACUACACCACGGGCAUGUGCUCCCGGGUCAACUCCAACUUCAGGUUCUCCAAGACAGUGGCUCCGGCUCUGCAAAGAUGCCAGACGUACAUGGACAUAAUCAUAGUUCUGGAUGGAUCAAACAGCAUAUAUCCUUGGGUUGAAGUUCAGCACUUCCUGAUAAACAUCUUGAAAAAAUUUUAUAUUGGCCCCGGCCAGAUACAAGUCGGAGUUGUUCAGUACGGAGAGGAUGUCGUCCAUGAGUUUCAUUUAAAUGACUACAGGUCUGUAAAAGAUGUGGUAGCGGCUGCCAGUCACAUAGAGCAAAGAGGAGGUACAGAAACCAGGACUGCCUAUGGGAUAGAGUUUGCUCGCUCGGAAGCGUUUCAGAAAGGUGGCCGGAAAGGGGCAAAGAGAGUAAUGAUUGUAAUCACAGAUGGAGAGUCGCACGACAGCCCAGACCUGGAGAAGGUGAUCGAGGACAGCGAGAAGGACAACGUCACCAGAUACGCGGUGGCGGUAUUGGGUUAUUAUAACAGAAGAGGAAUCAAUCCCGAAGCCUUUUUGAACGAGAUAAAAUUUAUAGCGAGCGACCCGGAUGACAAGCAUUUUUUUAAUGUCACAGAUGAAGCAGCACUCAAAGACAUUGUGGAUGCACUGGGGGAAAGGAUAUUUAGCUUGGAAGGAACCAACAAGAAUGAAAUCUCCUUUGGACUGGAAAUGUCCCAGACUGGAUUUUCAUCGCAUGUUGUGGAAGACGGGAUCUUGCUGGGGGCAGUGGGUGCCUACGACUGGAACGGAGCCGUCCUGAAGGAAACCAGCAGCGGGAAGGUCAUUCCUCUGCGGGAAUCUUAUCUCCAAGAGUUCCCAGAGGAGCUGAAAAAUCACGGAGCGUAUUUAGGCUACACCGUCUCCUCCGUCAUUUCCACCAAGCACGAGCGGAUUUACGUCGCGGGAGCACCCAGGUUCAACCAUACGGGGAAAGUCAUCAUUUUCAGCAUGCACAACAACCGAAACCUCACCAUCCACCAGGCGCUGAAGGGCGAGCAGAUCGGCUCCUACUACGGCAGCGAGAUCAACUCCCUCGACGUCAACGGCGACGGCGUCACCGACGUGUUGCUGGUGGGAGCCCCCAUGUACUUCAGCGAGGGCAGGGAGAGGGGGAAGGUCUAUGUCUACGCCCUGCGGGAGCAGAACCGCUUCGUUUCCAGCGGUGCCCUCGUCGAUCUGCAGAGCUACCAGAACUCCCGCUUCGGCUCCUGCAUCGCCGCUGUGCCCGACCUCAACCAGGACUCCUACAACGACCUUGUCGUUGGGGCACCUCUGGAGGACGAGCACCAAGGAGCGAUAUACAUCUUCCUCGGCUUUGAAGAGACCAUCCUGAAGAAGUACAAGCAGCGGAUAGCGGCUGCAGACCUUGCGCCGGGCUUGAUGUAUUUUGGAUGCAGCAUCCACGGACAACUGGACCUGAACGAGGACGGGCUCGUAGACUUGGCUGUCGGCUCUCUGGGCAACGCCGUGCUGCUGUGGUCCCGCAGCGUGGUCCAGAUCAACGCCAGCAUCCGCUUCGAGCCCUCCAAAAUCAACAUCUUCACCAAGGACUGCAAGCGGAACGGGAAGGAUGCCACCUGCAUGUCGGCCUUCAUCUGCUUCACCGCCGUCUUCCUCUCGGCUCACUUCCAGACGGCCAGCGUGGCGCUGCGGUAUGAUGCCACCAUCGACGAGCGCAGGUACACGCCGCGGGCUCACCUGGACGAGAGCGGAGAGAGGCACACGCAGAAGGGGCUGGUGCUGCUCGCCGGGCAGGAGCACUGCGACCGGCUCCAGUUCCACGUCUUGGACACAGCUGACUAUGUGAAGCCGGUGGCGUUCUCCGUCGACUACGAGCUGGAGCACCCCGAGAACGGCCCCAUGCUGGAUGACGGCUGGCCCACCUCGCUCAAGGUCUCGGUCCCUUUCUGGAACGGGUGCAAUGAGGAUGAGCACUGCGUCCCUGAUCUGGUCCUGGAUGCCCGAAGCGAUGUGCCCAGUGCCAUGGAGUACUGCCGGCGGGCUCUGCGGAGGGCCCCGCCGGACUGCACGGCCUUCAGCCUCUCCUUCGACACCUCCGUCUUCAUCAUCGAGAGCAGCAGGAGGAGGGUGGCCGUGGAGGCGGCGCUGGAGAACCGAGGCGAAAACGCCUACAGCACGGUCCUCAACAUCUCCUUCUCCAGGAACCUCCAGUUCGCCAGCUUGAUCCCCAAGGAUGACACAGACAUCAACAUUGACUGCAUGACUGAAGACAAACACCCCAACAAGAAAGUAUGCAACGUGAGCUACCCGUUCUUCCGAGCCAAGGCCAAGGUAGCUUUUCGCCUGGAUUUUGAAUUCAGCAAGUCAAUUUUCCUUCAAAGCAUGGAGAUCUACCUAGUCGCCAACAGUGACAGCGAGGAGAAGGAGAGCACCAAGGAGGACAACUUUGCCCACCUGAAUUUUCACCUGAAGUACGAAGCCGACCUGCUCUUCACCAGGGCGUCGAGCCUGGACUACUACGAAAUCAGAUCGAACAGCUCCCUGGAGAGAUACGACCGCAUCGGCCCCCCCUUUCAUUGCACCUUCAAGCUGCAGAACCUGGGCUUCUUCCCCGUGGAGGGGGUGACCAUCAAGCUCACCGUCCCCGUGGCCACCCGGGCGGGCAACCGCCUCCUGCUCCUGACCGAAUUCGUGGUGGACCAGGAGAACGCGACCUGCAAUAUCUGGGGAAACACCACGGACUACCAGAGGACACCCGCCGAGGAGGACCUCUCCCGCACCCCCCACCUGAACCACAGCAACUCCGACAUCGUUUCCAUCGACUGCAAUGUGAAAUUAGCCCCCAACGAGGAGAUGAAUUUGCGCUUGCGUGGCAAUCUGUGGAUGAAGUCUCUGAAAGCACUGAAGUUCAAGUCACUGAAGCUCACCAUGAACGCUGCUCUCCAGCGACACUUCGGGAGCCCCUUUGUCUUCCGUGAGGAGGACCCCAGCCGUCAGAUAACGUUUGAAAUCUCCAAGCCGGAGGAGUCGCAGAUCCCCAUCUGGAUCAUCCUGGGGAGCACGUUAGGAGGGCUCCUGCUCCUGGCCCUGCUCGUCCUCGCGCUCUGGAAGCUUGGAUUUUUUAAAAGCGGGAGCCGCAGGCGAGCGGCGGAGCGGGAGCGGAGCGCCCAGGGGCUGGAGUGAUGCUGCCGGGGGGCGCCGGGUGUCCCCCCCCACCCCCCUGCACCCCCUUCCCAGCCCCUCGCCGGUUACGGAGCAGAGGUUCACCUCGAUGCUGAGGGAUCAGGGUGCUCAACUUGGGUUUGCAUCGAGAUGAGAGUCCACCCCCACCCCCCGUGUGUGAAGUCACCUAAACAGGUCCAAAAGUCAAAAAAAAAAAAACAAAAAAAAACCAAACAAGCAAACCAAACAAACAAAAAAAAAAAAAAAAAAAACAAAAAACCAAAAACGCCAUCCUACACAUAGCAAAAAUCCCCAACCCUUACUGGUGGCCUCGUGCCACGGUGAGGGGCUUCCAACUGGGGUUGCAAGGAGGUGGCAGCGGCGUGGGGACAGAGGGGCCACCGAGGCAACGGGCCCCGUAACUUGGGGCAAACUAUGGGGCUGCAAAAAAAAAAAAAAAAAAAAUCUGUAAAAAAUAAUAUUCUUAAAAAAAAAAAAAAUAAUAUGAGGAUUGCUCAUUCCCGUGGCUGAGCUGUAGCAAACCCCUGGGCUUUGCUGGUCACAGCUCUCAAACUGCGUUGCAUUCGUUAACCGGAGCAAUUGGGUGGAGAUUUUAAUUUGUCUUCUUCUUGAUGCACUGAAUACAAAUGAUAGCAAAUUAAAGCACCUUAAUGCAAAUCUCCAGUGUCCAGCUGUACAUACUUAUUCUAAAAAUACUUACCUGUUUAAGCAAAGGAGAGAAAAAAAAAAAAAAUUCAAAAAUUUAAAAAACAGCUAUGAACCAGUUUGAAGUGUUUUCUACAAACUGAGCAGUGUCAAAGAGCUUGUGUCCAGCAAGGGGCCACACGUGUAUUAUAAUUGUACAUACUUGGUGUCACGCGAAACCGGAUGAUCGGUGCUGUUUGACAAAAAUCUUUCUUUUUGCAUAACAGAAUUAUUUAUGCUAAUAUUAAUUUUAUGGAUGGAAAGAAAGCAUAUGUCCGCCGGAUGUGUAAUGAAGUUUGUUAAAUACUGUCUUAGUAUUUUUUAAGGAUUAAAACCACAGUAUUUUAAAAAUGA